GGACUCUAUCAGACUUGAAAACUGAAGAGAUCCCAAGAAUAUAAUAUACAAAGGGUGCAGUCUCUCUCUCUGCACACCUAGCUCUUUGGUAGCUGCCGAAAAAGAGACGCCCGGUCCGUGCCCACGGAUUAUCCAAAGGAAUCUGAAGAUCCUACCCACACAGUUAAAGUCAAAAAUCAAGAAAAAACAUAAGUGUGGUGGCUGCGAGUGGCCCGGGUCGACGACGUGAGGCGCGGGGCGGCGGUCAAUGUUAUUUGAGCGGGGGCCGCGGGCCUCGGCGAUCGCAGAGCGGAGGAUGCAGAAAGCCGCCUACUACGACAACGCGGGGCUCUUCGGGGGCUACACCUACAGCAAGGCCGACGCCUACCCCUACGGCGCGGCCCACCAGCCCUACGGCCAGGCCGGCCUGGACGGCGAGUACCCCAGCUCCGCCUGCUCCGUGCAGGGCUCGGUGCCGGGCCGCGCCCCGGCCCACAAGGGCAGCGAGCUGAGCGGCAGCUGUAUGCGGACGGCCGGGGGGGGGCCGGGGGGCAGCCAGCCCCCGGGCAUCGGCGAGCAGCAGCCGCCGGCCCUGCCGCCCUCCUCCCCGCCCAACCCCCCUCCCAGCGCGCCCCCUCCGAAAAAAGCCAAGGGGGGCCCCAACUCCUCGGGCUCGGCCACCGCCACCCUCAGCAAGCAGAUAUUCCCCUGGAUGAAGGAGUCCCGGCAGAACUCCAAGCAGAAAAGCACCUGCGCCCCCUCAGGAGAGAGCUGCGAGGACAAGAGCCCCCCCGGGCCGGCCUCCAAGCGGGUGCGCACAGCCUACACCAGCGCGCAGCUGGUGGAGCUGGAGAAGGAGUUCCACUUCAACCGCUACCUGUGCCGGCCGCGCCGGGUGGAGAUGGCCAACCUGCUGAACCUGACCGAGCGGCAGAUCAAGAUCUGGUUCCAGAACCGCCGGAUGAAGUACAAAAAGGACCAGAAAGCCAAAGGCAUCAUGCACUCCCCCGUCGGACAGUCCCCGGACCGCAGCCCCCCCCUGAGCGGCCCAAACCACGUCGGCUACUCCAGCCAGCUCCCCAGCGUUAACAGCCUGAGCUACGACGCGCCCUCGCCCACCUCCUUCGCCAAAUCCCAGCAGAGCAUGUACGGGCUGGCCGCCUACACGGCGCCGCUGAGCAGCUGCCUGCCGCAGCAGAAGCGCUACGCGGGCGCGGAGUACGACCCCCACCCCAUGCAGAGCGGCGGCGGCGGCUUCGCCAACCCCAGCCUGCAGGGCAGCCCCGUCUACGUGGGGGGGAACUUCGUGGACUCGAUGCCGGCCUCGGGCCCCAUGUUCAACCUGGGGCACCUGCAGCACCCCUCCUCCGCCAGCGUGGACUACAGCUGCGCCGCCCAGAUCCCCGGCGGCCACCACCACGGACCUUGCGACCCCCACCCCACCUACACGGACCUCUCCUCUCACCACUCCUCUCAGGGACGGAUGCAGGAGGCGCCCAAGCUCACGCAUCUGUAGCGGGGCGGCGGCCGGCGGGGCCCGCUCCCCUCUCCAUUACCUCACUUUUCUGACGGGACAGUGUUACUUUGCUCUCGAGUGCCAACAGUGUUAGUGGAUUUGUCUCC